GAGAAGAAGAAGGAGAGACGCUCUGGCAGCUGCGGCGCCGCGUUUCUGCUGCUACCUCGGAGGUGCCUUAUUAUUCCUGCUGCUACCUCGACAGGCGCCCUGAAGCUGAGCCGUUUAUCCGGGCGCUGAUCCCAGCGGGGACUUGAUAUUCAACCCGGCAUCAAAAGUGCCCCCAUUGAACGCGGGCGAAAGAAAGAAAGCGAAGAUGCCAGUCUCGUGGGACAGCUUCUCCUCUUCCCUGCCUCCCAUUCCGGAGCAGCGAGAGAAUCCGCCUGCCUUCGCUUGGGAGAAGUGCGCCUACCAAGAUGCAUCCAGUCGGGCUGCGAGGCUGGAGAGCUCCGAUUGCGAGUCCCUCGACAGCAGCUUGUGCUCCGAAGGAGAUGCACAGGAAUUUCUGGAUGAAGUGUCCUUGCCAGACUUUGACUUGUUAAACGAUCCAGAGGAUGAACUCCUGUGUGCCAAUCUCAUGAAGCUCAUCCAAGUCAGUCUGAACAAAGCCAAGAUCAACUCCCACCGUUCCUCCAAGCUCCUCAUGCCUAGCCAGCUGGUCACCCAAGUUGGCAAGGAGCUGCUUCACCUGGCCUAUAGAGAGCCCUGCGGCUUGAGGGGGGCCCUCAUCGACCUGUGCGUGGAGCAAGGGAAGGGGUGCCAUAGCGUGGGCCAGAUUGCCGUGGAUCCAGGCUUAGUGCCUACCUUCCAGCUGACUCUUGUUCUAAGACUGGAUUCCCGCCUUUGGCCUAAGAUCCAGGGACUCUUUAGCUCCGGCUCUCCCGGCUUCAGCCAAUCGCUGAAGCUCAGCACUGGCUUCAGGGUCAUUAAAAAGAAGCUGUACAGCUCUGAACAGUUGCUCAUAGAGGAGUGUUGAAAGUGUCACCCUACUUUCCUUGUGGAUUGACUGAGCAUUUACUCUAAGAUGGUGGCCAGCACCAAAUAAAGCUGGGGAGGUGUGUUACUUAAGGGCUGUGGAACAUAAGCUGAUUUUGAGAUGUGGCCACCCUCUGGGGCCGCCGUAGGUUAGGUUAGAUGGAAGUUUGAUGUACAGAGAUAGUGGGCAAGUAGUCCAAAGAGGAGGCAGAAGGCAAGGUUUGAAAAUAAAAACGGCACUCUGCUUCUUAGUAACUCUGACAAAAAAAAAGCCCACUCCUGCGAAGGCCUGGAUACAAUGUGCUAGCUUUAAAAUCCUUGUCUGACUGUGGGUCAACUUUCUAUUUACUGAUUUAGCAGUAUUUUUCCCCCUGACAGCUGAUGACAUAACAGCAGCAGUGCUGCCCCUAAGGGUAGAUGAAGGUUGCCUCUUUUUUUUUUUUUUCUUCUUGUUGACCUUUUUUAAUAAAUGGAAAAAGUAGAUAGUAAUCAAUGGAUGUCUGGUGAGAGGUGAGGUGCAUGGACAGUGGCUGAUAAGUGUUGGGAGGUCUAAAGGGACCAAGAAUGUGUAACGUUGUUCUGAAUAGUCGAGAAGAAGCUCCACUACUGACACGAGGGCAGCUAAAAGAGGGCAGCUAAAUAAAGACUUCUGAGUGAAUGGGGGAGUGUUUAAUCCACUGAGCACCACUGCGCAACUCCGUUUGUUUGAAUGAGACCAGUGUGGGAGGCACAGGGCACUAGGUGGAUUGUGCCCUGUCAUGAUGAUGAUGAGGAGGAAUCCCGAUGUAUGUCUAAGGAAGGUGUGAGGUGAUGCUGGGGAGGGGUUGGGAUGGGGGGGCAGGAACCCUCUCAGUCAGUCUGUAGUGCUUCCAUUGGUUACCGUUCACAUGGAAUACACUUGAUGUUCAAGUUUUUGAAGACUUCCUAUGCAACUUGGUUUUUUACUUUUCUAAUAAAAAUGUUUCUAAUAAGAA